AUGAACUGUAUCGGUGGUUCACAACACCUUGGGGCAUCCAAGACAGAUGAGUACCGAGAAAUGUGCAUUAUGAGCGACUCUUUCGUCCCGUCGUACAACGUACCAGAGGAACGCGUUGACUUUACAGGCAGUCAGCUCCUCUCCCCUUGCAUUGACCACCUGUCGACCAAUAAACUCCCUUCAGUUAUCGUCCACACUCAACUUCCGCGUCUAUUCUCGAUUUCUAGCCCACUUGUUAGAAUGCCUGAAAAUCUACCCCCGAAAUUCGAAGUCCAGAAAACUUACCCACCACGCGGUGGGUUUCAGCAGUACCGUCUCGUCACGUCCACAGGAUUCAAGUGUAGUCGUUGCGGGAAGGAAAAGAAAGCGAAGCUUCUCGCUUUUGCUGGAGACAAGUGGGAUGAACCUGUGUGCAAUGGUUGUUAUGGAGAAGCACUUUCCAAGGAUUCUUAG